AUGUCGUCCACCAACAAUGUGGCUUUCACGGCGCCCAUCAACCCACCCGGAAUCACCCCACUCUCGCUCUCACAAAUCUGGGCCGGAUUACUCUUGAAGAUUCGAUCUGCCGAAACCUUCGUCGCCGCAGCAAUCGAGUCCACCGAUGUGAUCAGCGAAUCGACAGAUUCGCAAGGCAACUCGGUCACCACCCGCGAAGUCCUGUUCCGCGAGACACAGAAAAAGGUCAAGGAGGUCGUGACCGCGUUCGAAACGUGUCGCGUGGAGUUUCAGCAGCCCGACGGAAGCCGGGUAUCCAAUGUUAUCAGCGAAGGUGCUGGUGGGGAACUAUUCAUGACCUAUAUCUUUGAGUGGAGACACCCCGACGCCUCGAAGGAGGAAUUGGCCGCUCUGCUCGAGAAGGAGAAGAGGAUGAGCAAAAUGGCGGUUGAAGGGACUAUCAAAGUCAUGCACCAGUUGGCUGAGGAGAAGAAGAUUUAA